AUGCGAGAUGACGGCCGCAUGGAUGUUGAUGUAGACAGUUCUCUCGGCCGCCGACUUACCAGGAUAGCACAGAGUCACGACGACGACGCAGCACCGUCUUACACAUCUGCUCCCUCAGUCCGAGAAAGCACUCCGAUAAUUACCUGCCCGGCCAGACUCAACAUUGUCAUUCAAGUUGUCGGCAGUAGAGGAGAUGUCCAACCUUUCGUUGCUCUGGGCUGCGAACUACAACAAAAACAUGGUCAUCGUGUUCGGAUAGCCACCCACGCCGUCUUCGAAGACUUUGUCCGAAACGCCGGACUCGAGUUCCACCCCAUCGGCGGUGAUCCCGCCGAUUUGAUGGCUUACAUUGUCAAGAACCCAGGCUUGAUUCCAAGUCUGUCGAGCGUAAGAGCCGGAGAUAUUGGUCUCAAGAGACGCAUGUUGGCGGAGAUACUAGAUGGCUGUUGGGCAUCUUGUUACAUGCGAGAUGCAAAAACACAAGCGCCUUUCGUCGCAGAUGCGAUUAUUGCCAACCCACCCAGCUUUGGGCAUGUGCAUUGUGCGCAAGCACUGGGCAUACCUUUGCACAUCAUGUUUACCAUGCCUUGGACCAGCACUAGAGCAUUUGCACAUCCCUUGGCGAAUCUGAAGUACUCCUCUGACACGAGUCCGAAGAUAGCGAAUUUGAUCUCGUACGGGGUGGUGGAGUGGAUGACGUGGCAAGGUAUUGGUGAUAUUGUGAACAAAUGGCGGACGAAAUCCCUUGAUCUUGAGCCUGUGCCCAGCUCUGAGGGACCUUUGCUUCUUGAGACUCUUUCGAUCCCGCACACAUACUGUUGGUCGCCAGCACUUGUACCAAGGCCAUCGGACUGGCCACAGCACAUAGAUGUCUGCGGUUUCUUCUUUCGAGAAUCACCUUCUUACAAGCCACCAGCUGAUCUAAGCACUUUCCUGGCAGCUGGUCCUAUGCCCGUUUAUAUCGGCUUUGGCAGUAUCGUGAUUGAAGAUCCGAAGGCAUUGACCGAGUUGAUACUUGAGGCCGUACGAAUGACUGGUGUUCGUGCACUCGUCUCGCGUGGUUGGAGCAAGCUAGGUGAGGGUCAUGUAUCCAACGACAGUGUGUUUUAUCUGGACGAUUGCCCUCAUGAGUGGCUGUUUGACCACGUCGCGGCAGUUGUACAUCAUGGCGGCGCUGGUACCACUGCUUGUGGCCUGAGCAAGGGCGUCCCAUCGUUCUUGGUACCCUUUUUCGGAGAUCAGCCAUUCUGGGGGAUGAUGGUGGCAGCUUCAGGUGCAGGUCCAGAGUCUGUACCAUAUUCAUCACUGACUUCUCUUGACCUCGCACAUGCUAUCACGACUUGUCUGGAGCCGAGCACCAAGUCAGCGGCGAUGAGGGUAGCAGACAAGAUGAGGCAAGAGGAAGGUGUUAAGGCAGCUGUACAAUCAUUCCACGCUCAGCUUUCGUUGGGUUUGAAGUGUGAUGUUCUCCGCGAUGAGGCGGCUUCAUGGACAUUGCAUGACGGUGAUCGCGCCAUAAAACUGUCAAAGAGAGCCGCGGCGAUGUUGGUGAGAGAGACCAUAGUCAAGCCAAACAAACUAUCACACUACCAGUCAAAGCCCAUCAUAGUCGAUCCUAAACGCUGGGAGCCUGUAUCUGCUGUCGUGUCGGCUUCUCUGCACACUGCAGGUGCGAUGGGAAGAGCUGCCGCUGGUGUUGUCUCCGAGCCAUACCAGAUGUAUAAGGAAUCGAAAAUUCAAGCUCAAAACAACCCGUCGGAGGCAGGUACAGUGUUAGGACCGAGUGAAGCGAUCAGGCAUUCCCAAGACAGUUCACCGCAGGGUCCAAAGAUCGUCGGAGAGAAAGCCGGAGACGAAAAAAAGUCGCUCAAUGGCCCGUCAGAGAAGAUCAAUUUUUCCAAUGCUCAAGGUCCUGAGCAAUCUAUGGUUGUACCCGCUGUCGCUGACGGUAGUGACUCGGCAAACAGGACCAGACAACUCGUCAAAGCGUCUGCCAAAAGCGCCGGAAAGCUUCUCUUCUCGCCAGUAAAAGGAUUGGUCCUGGACAUCCCUCUAGCGGCAGUCGAAGGUAUGUGGGCAGUACCCCACUACCACGACCCGCGGAGCUACCAAUCUACCCCGAUCACUGACUGGAAGAGUGGUGGUAUGGUAGCAGGCAAAUCUUUCGUGCAUGGAGUACAAGAAGGUAUGACAGACAUUUUUAUCAAAACGUACGCUGGUAAGAAGAAAGAAGGUGCGAAAGGUGUUGCCAAAGGUUUGAGCAUAGGGUUCAUGAACUUGACAAUGAAGACUGGAGCCGGGACAUUAGGGUUAAUCGCUUAUCCUUGUCAGGGUGUGUAUAAGAGCAUACACACAGCUCUGCAUACGAAAGCAAAAAAAGUCAUUGAGCAAGCAAAACUGGAGGAAGGAGAAUGGUCGGUGGAGAACAGGCCAGAUGCAAGCGUGGGACUUGACGAGGUAAUUCGGCGGUUCUUGGGCGUCAGGUCUGGUAAGGGGAAGGGCAGACAGUGA